AUCCUGAUUGCUGUGGCUGCUUCCAUUCCCCGACCCUCAGCGCUCUUGACCUGCAUAAGGAUUCUUAAGUCACGAUAGACCCAUCGUCUGUCAAACUCGCUAUCUUCUCGUUCUCCACCGCUCGAUAACCAUGGCCAAUCCCCGACAACGCCGAAAAGCGCGCUCCUCCUCGCACAAGACCGUAUCCCAUUCACGACAUGCCAAAAGGAACCACUUUAACAAGUCGCCUGCCAUUCGAGGACCUAAAGCGCUGCAAGAUGCCUGGGAUUCACGCAAGACAGUCAAGCAAAACUACGCUGCGCUUGGACUCGCAUACAGUUUGAAUCCUAUCGCCUCGGGUGGGACCGAAAAUUCCACUCGCGCAGCCACCCAGCAGUCUACGCCAGAGUCUGUGGAGCAGCCCACAGCAUCAACCUCGAAGACAUCAGAAAAAAGCGCAAUACCCAAAGGUCACGGUCGAAUCAUUCGUGACGAGGCCGGCAACAUCAUACGCGUAGAACUUGCGCCGGAAGAUGAGGAGGAACAGGCGGCGAACCAAGAGCCCAUGGAUCUCGACAUGGAGCAAUUGGAGCCUAAGUUGGACCAGGGCGUUGCACGGCAAUGGGUCCAUGGCCUAGGACAUAACGACGGCAGUGUUGGAAAGGGCAAGACGGUUGUCAAAGAAUUAGAGCGGAUCGCGACGAGUAUCCACACCGACUCAACAACGGUUGCUGCGCCAAUCUCAGGCGUUGGCCCACGGUCGACCUCUGAGCGGGAGAAGGUGUACCUCCAGCGACUCUUGGAGAAGCAUGGCAAGGACGUCGACAGUAUGGCGCGGGACAGGAAGCUGAACACGGACCAGCGUACGGCGGGUGAGUUACGCCGCGCGCUGAGGAGGGCUGGUAUCGCGCUGGGGGAUGUCUGAUGACGAUGCCGUGACUUGAUCCCGCUCUAUCGCAGACAGGAGAUGACAGGGGUUUGCGUAAUGACAUGGACCUGCUACCCUCCGAGCCAGCGAUGUCUGGUAGAUGUUAGUGUGCUGGUGAGCCUCAGGUCGGCCUGCUUCCAUGCAGUCCGACAGAGAAGCUGAUAUUACUGCCCAGUUUGUAGACGCUGUCCUCGUAAUGUGGCUGUAGCAGUACCGCUGGGUCGUGCCCGGUCUUCAUGAUGACAAACUCGACGAUCCACGCGAUUGGUGUGCGCCUGCCACCUCAGAAGCUCAGGUCGAUGUAAGAGGUCAGUGC